AAAUUUGCCAGUCACAACGAACAAGUAACUAACAUAGAAACGCCACCUUGAUGGAAAUUUCUAUAAACGUUUUUGUUUUCAUUUUGUACAGUUUAGUGGUUUUAUAUUUGCAGCAUUUUGUCAACAAGUAUACGGAAUUUGUGCGCAGUCUUUAGAUGAACAUGCUGGGACUGCAAUCCUACGGCAGCUCCUCCGAGGGUGAAUCGGACCACGAGCAGGGCAAGGAUGCAGCGCAAGAGUUGCCCGCGCAUUUACAGCCGGUGGACAAAACGCAUUCGCUAUCCACAGCGCUGGCAGUUUGUGCGGCGCCCGAAGUAGUGCCGAUGGGAGCUGCAGCCGUUGCGCGAACGCUAGAUCCAACGCUUAAGGAAGUCACCUACAAUCCACGCUACGAUGAGAUGUAUGCGCCCGUCCAGGGCCCAGAGCAUCCAGAUUUGACCAUGCAACAACGGGCGCCGCGCAACACGCUUGCUGGCUAUGUGGAGAAGGCACACAUAAAUGCAUUUGAAUUUGAGAAUCAGCGGCGCACGUUCCACACCUAUGGCUAUGCCUUAGACCCCACAGUCGAUGAGGCUGCCGAUGGACAGUCCUACGUUGGUGACUUGCAAUCCGCAUAUGAUGACAAUGGCAAAACGGUAUUUGAGGCGCCCAAGCCAAAAAAAAUGCGCAAA